AUGGCGGAGUUGAUUGGAGGGGCUGCAUUGGGAUCAGCAUUUAGUAAAGUACUGGAUGCUGUUGUUUAUGUCAUAGGCAAAGGCAUCACCUUCAAGUCCAACCUCAACGAAAUCCAAUCAAUACUCAAUUCACUCAAACCAAUUGUAAGUGAGAUUGAGAAAUUGGACAGAGAAUUGAACCAUCCCGAGGAAGAAACCAAAAGGCUCAUCCUUGGGUUGCAAGAGGGCGAGAAGCUUAUCCUCGAGUGCUUGAAGAUCAAGGGUUUGAAAAUCUUCACGAAGCCUUAUUACUCCAAGAAGCUCAUCGAAUUUGAGGAUUGGCUUGUCAAAAUCUUUCAGACCGAUGUGCAAGCUAUUCAGACAAGAGAUGGCAAGAAGAUUCUCGCUAAAGUGGAUGAAAUAAAUAAGAAAGUGGAUGAAAUAAAUUCGAAAGUUGAUGGACUCGGGCUGAUGAUGACGACGACGACCACAAGUAGUAUUUUUGAAAGACCGUGUGAAGUUCCCGGAAUUUCUGGUUGUAUUGUUGGAUUUGAUGUGCAUCUCCGAGAUUUGAAGACGAAGUUGCUAGAGGAUGGUGUACAGGUGGUUGUGCUUUCGGCUGCUGGAGGGUGUGGUAAGACUACGUUGGUGAAAAUGCUCUGUAGUGAUUUUGAAAUCAGAGUUUUCACUGCAAGAGAUAAAGUUGUGGACAGACUUCCCAAAGCUUUGGUGCAGAACUGCAGAUUUGGGAUCAAUAUUUUCUUUGUCACGGUUUCCAAGACACCCAACCUCAAGCUCAUUGUUGAGAAUAUGUUUAGACAUGCGUCUUUUACGGUGCCUGAGUUUCAAAAUGAGGACGACGCGAUCAACCAGCUAGGGACCAUGCUGAGAGGACUAGAUCCCGCUGUAUUAUUGGUGUUGGAUGAUGUGUGGGAUGAAUCAGAAUCCCUUAUUCAGAGGUUCAUGUUCGGAAUAACAGGAUACAAAAUAUUGGUUGCAUCAAGAUCAGAAUUUCCAAAAUUUGAUUCUACAUAUAAAUUGGGAAUAUUGAGGGACCCACAUGACAUGGAACUUUUUUGUCAGUCAGCAUUUCCGCAAGGUGGGAGCAUGAACAUUCCAGAGGAUCUUGUCCGUGAGAUUCAUUUAACUGAAGAUCAAGAAGGAGAGCCUUCUGGUACUUGUCUGCAUAUCUGCAUUAGUUACAUCCACUUAAUUGAAGAUCAAGAAGUAGAGCUUAUAGUAAGAGGAUGUGGGGGAUUCCCACUGGCUCUUUAUGUGGUUGGCGGAUCACUCCACGGGCAACCUGAGGUCAUCUGGACACGUAGACGGAUGCAAUUGUCUAACGAAAGUUACGAAAGACAAUCCAUUUUUGAUUUGAACAGUGAGCUGCUUUUUCGUCUGAAAAGUAGCAUAGAUGCCUUGGAUGAAAAGACUCAUGUCAAGGAGUGUUUCCUGGACCUAGGUUCAUUUCCUGAAAAUCAAAGGAUCCGUGUCGCGGCUCUUAUGGAUAUGUGGACUGAACUGUACAACCUGGACGAAGACGGGAUAUAUGCCCUUGGCAACAUCCAUGAAUUGUCCUCCCGAAAUUUGGUUAAUGUCGAGCUUACAAGGUAUUUUACAUUCCUAUUUUUCUUUGAAGUGACUACCACUGCUACCAUUACCACUACUACUACUACCACUACAUGUGCUUAUUGCUAA